GGGUCGUUAGCGGGUUGUGGGGGAAUCGUCAAGGUUUUAAACUGAGGCCCCGAGGCCGGUGGCGGCGCUCAAGUUGGGGUCCCGUCCGACAUGGGAGACCACUAGAAGUCUCCUCCCAGACGUGGUGAGGCUCUGACACUAAUGCCUCUGCUUCAGGAGCGGUGACAGCAAGUCUCCUGCCGCCUCCGUUUCCAUCCCAGUGCCUUGGUGACUUCUGCAAUGGGCCGGAAAAAGAAGACUUUACAUGAUUAUGCAGCGGAGUUCUCAGACUUGGUGGUGAAGCAGCACCUGAUCGAGCACAGUGACUCUGGGGACACCUCGGUAGUGGAGACGCUCUACUGCAGGGCUUGCGAGCUCCCCAUGCAGGUGAGGAGGGACCGCAUCCUGGAGCAUCUCUCCUCAGGCAGGCACUACAGAAACCGCAGGCUUAUCAGGCAGCACGGCCUUGGGAUGCCCAUUAUCAGUUCAGCAUCCUCGGACCUUGCUGCAGUGGGCCUUCCUGCACACCUGAGUCACCCUCAGACUCCACUGGCAGCCAGUCCCUGCAGCACCAGCCUGGUUCCCCCUUCUCCUGUGGGCCACACAUCCCUAUUCCCUGUCCCCACCAGUGCUAUCACCUCUACCACGAGUGGUGUGUCUGCCCGGGAGAACCAAAUGGCGUCUGCUUCCUCCAGCCACCGUUCAGAGUUUCCUGCUCUCCAAAUGAAGAGGCUGUCAGUGCCCUCAAAGCAGACCAACCAAAGACUUGUUUCAGAUGCCUCUCGCAGUGUGUUGUCUGGAGGUGGCAUGAAGUGGUUCAGUGAUGUUGGAGCCGGGGCACCCGGCCGUCUUGGUCUGGCCAUCUUUGGGGUAGCAUAUGGCAGCACAGCACUGUUUCAGAGUUUAAUGGAUGAGAACAGCUGCUGCUUGCUGUACAUUGUUGAGAAUCAGCUGUGUGACGUGGAGCGUGCCUUCAGAGCCGAAUAUUUGGUCAGCACAAGAGUGGUUCAAGAACAGGACGCAGACGUGGUCCUCAACGACCAGCGGGUCUCUGGAGUUGUUGUCUGUUCCCCACCAGAGGCAGCUUCAGAAAUAGUGAUAGACGCUCUCAGAGCAGGGAAAGGGGUAUUCUGCGAGAGACUUCCCAGUUUGGACAGGCAGAUUGCUGAGUCCUGCUUUGAUGAGGCCCACAGAUGUGGAAAGCCUUUAGUCUGUGGAUUUUACAAGCGCUUCGACCCGGCUUUCCAGUUCUUACACAAGCAGGUGUGUGAUGGCCUUGCACUGGGGAGGAUCCGCCAGGUCUCUGCCGUCAGCAGCCUGUACCCAGCAGCCUCUGUGGGUUUCCUGAAGCAGGCAGGUGGGAUUUUCUACAAUGCUGCUGUGCACGACGUGGAUGUAGUGGGCCUAUUGCUGGGGGGAUCCACUCCAGACACUGUGUUUUCUCUGGGACACGCCUUCUGCCCAGAUAUGGCCUCCUUAAAAGAUGCAGAUACUGUUGUGAUUAGCAUGAAAUUUCCUAGCGGGGCUAUUGUCAACUUGGACAUCAGGCAGCAUUGCACAAACAGCUGUGAUCAGAGACUGGAGGUGCAUGGUUCUCAAGGCAUGUUGCGGAUGGAAAAUCAGAACCCCUUGGGCAUCACUGGGCAGGGUACUUCCCUGUCCCUCUGCUCCCAGACGCAGGCUAGUCGUUACCGGGAUGCAUACCGAGAACUCUUUAGACACUUUGUCAGAACUCUUAAAGGGGCAGAGCCUCCUGAAAUCACCAAGGAGCAGCUCCUCAGGGCCCUUCAGGUAACUGCUGCUGCAGAGCAGUCCUGGCGGGACCGGUCAGCUGUGGACCUGCCAGGUGGAGUGGCGGAAGCCUCUGUGGUCAAGAUGGAAGCACAGUGAAGCACACCAUAGUGCAAGACUAAGACUCUGAUGGGCACUGGAUUGCUGUUCCACUCUGCCUCUUGAGAGAGAGAGAGAGCUGGGACCUUGAGGUGAUGUUAUUGCUACUGGAAACGAAGAAGGGGAAGCAUUUGGAAACAGUGUAUGCUUCAUUACUGGUAUAACCAGAUUUGUUUUCAUUUGCUAGAGGGCUCCUGCACUCACUUGGGAGAGAGGGAAAGUAGAUAGCACGCUCCUUGGGGGAUGGUCACGCUGCAGUCCCUUCUCUGUUCCUACCUUCUCUAGGAGUUGUGGGCAUGCACAUACACACCCAGCAUGUUUUUCAAGUCUCUGGGUCUUGGGAUCCAGCUUCCUCAACCACCACUGUGCCAUCAGUUGGCCCAUAACUAGAUGUUUCAGGAUGUGACCUCAGACCCAGGGAUUGCUAUUCAGUUUUGUUUUGAGCUCAGGCCUGGUAAAUAAGGACUGGCUCUCUUUUUGGAAUUCUCUUAGCAGGGAGUCCUGCCAAGGGAGUCCUUCUUUGGAGUCCUGCUGGUCGGGUAUUUUUAGGAAGAGUGCAGGUCAGGAAUUGGAUCAUCUCAACUGACCCACACUCUUGCCAGUUCAGCUUUUCCGUGUAGUGAUUGGAGCUGAGGCUGGUUAAGCAAUUGCAUGUAGCAGGCUGCAGGUUUCCUUGAGCCUGUGGGUGGCAAUAGCAGCAGUAUUUAAAAACCACAUGAUUUUCUUGAAGCAUCUGUGAUUUUGUGCACAGUAAUAUUAUAUAGCACCAUUCUUAAGAAAUAUGAAAUAAUCUGUACAUGACAUUAAAGGCCUAUUUUAUUAUUCCUUAUCUGCAUAUAGAUGUUCUCUGUUGUCAGUGGGAGGAUGAACUGAUAUUUUCCACCACAGGGACAAAGAGAAGAUUUCAGAAAUAGGCCUUCUCUUCUCUUUCCAGCAGUCACAUAGUGGAAGCGUUCCUGUGAAGGGCAGUGCCUUGCAAAUGGCAGAUCUGCUUUGAAUCUAGCCUUUUUUUUUUUUUUUUUUAAUUACAUGUUAGACCUGUUGGAGAUAUUUUUAUAUAUUUGAAAAUAACUAUAUAUGUUCUAUUCUUUUUAAAGGAACUAAGUCUUUUAAUAAAAGUAUUAAUACUGACUCUUGUGCUAAAAAACAUUAGCAUUUCUGUGUUCAUUACCAAAAGAUAUAUAGAUAUAUACUGAUAUGUAGACAUACAUUUUUAAUUAUCAAUUAAAAAA